CCAUUCUAGACUCUUAUUGGGGAGUGACAAGUGGUAGAUACAGUGGGAAGCCCGUAAUUACCCAUUCCGAAUAUACCGUCUGUCUCGAGCUCUGUGGCUCUGUCCCUAAGCCCCGCAGAGAGCAGAAAGAGCGGAGAUAGGUGGUUUUAAGAGGUUAUCAAGAAAGAUCCCGAGACCUGAGGAACGCCUGCAUGGUCGACUGACUCAAUAUAUGAACCGCGUGGACGUCUCGGCUGCAUAAAAUAAACAGAUGAUUAAGGAUAAGCGUGGAGGUUUCCCGUGUCUUCGGGUUAUUCGUGUCUCCGGAGACUCAUCUGAGCAGGAAUAGAGAGACUUGGAGAGAAGCCGUUUGUGCUCCCGGGAUUUCCCUGAAAACCUUUCAGUGAAAGAGAGGGAUCUCCAAAAAGAGGUUGCAUAAGGGCACUUACUGACUGACAGCCACAACGAUGAUUUAAAAACACACCAACCUAACAACAUCACACACACACCCCCAUUGGCUCACGAGGAGGAAGAUACAACACAUUGGCUCCGCCCCUUCACACUGUCUUUGGACGACAACAAAAAAAAACAGCCGCUUAGUCAUAAUAGGACGAGGAGAUGCGUUGUCCGAUGUUGACCCUGCAGGCGGUGUGUGUGUGUGUGAGUGUGUGUGUGGCCAUGCAGCAAUACCCAGCUGCCUGGGGCCACUAUGACGUGUGUAAGAGUCAGAUCUACACAGAAGAAGGGUUAACGUGGGACUACAUGGCCUGUCAACCAGAAGCUACAGUCCUGACCAAGUACCUGACCGUCAGCCUGGAUCCGCCCAAUAUCACCUGUGGAGACCCACCUGAGACAUACUGCGCACUGGAAAACCCUUACAUGUGCAACAACGAGUGUGACGCCUCCACAGAUGAACUGGCCCACCCUUCGGAGCUCAUGUUCGAUUUCGAGGGCCGCAACCCAACAACCUUCUGGCAGUCCAGUUCCUGGAAGAAGUACCCCAAACCCCUGGAGGUCAACAUCACACUGUCCUGGAACAAAACUAUCGAGCUGACGGACGACAUCGUCCUCACCUUUGAGUCCGGCCGCCCUGAGCAGAUGCUUCUGGAGAAAUCGCUAGACUACGGUAAAACCUGGACCCCUUACCAGUUUUACGCUACCGACUGCCUCGACGCAUUUACCAUGGACCCCAAGACGGUCAACGAGCUGACCCAGCGAACCCUCCUCGACAUUAUCUGUACUGAGGACUACUCCCGUGGCUACGUGUGGAAGUAUGAUAAAACAGUCCGCUUCGAGAUCAAGGACCGGUUUGCGCUGUUCGCCGGGCUGCAGCUGUACAACAUGGCGUCGCUCUACGGUCAACUGGAUACCACCAGGAACCUCCGGGACUUCUUCACUGUGACGGACCUGAGGAUACGGCUGCUGAAACCAGCCACCGGGUCCACCAUGGUAGAUGAGAACAACCUGUCCAGAUACUUCUACGCCAUCUCUGACAUCAAGGUGCAGGGAAGGUGUAAGUGUAACCUGCACUCCAACAGCUGUGUGUUUGACAAGGACAAGGGGAAGCUGGGGUGUGAGUGUGAACACAACACAACAGGACCAGACUGCGGCCGCUGUAAGAGACACUACCACGGACGACCCUGGAGCGUCGGGUCCUACCUGCCCAUUCCCAAAGGAACUGCUAACAUCUGUAUCCAUAGCAGUCAUGGACCAGUGCAUCGAGCUAAUGUUUCAUCUCUGGGUGUUGCAAACCGUAAUCAAGCUCAUGUGUGUGACAACGCCAUGCUUCUCUGUCAGAACGGGGGAACGUGUCACCUCCACCACCAGCGAUGCCACUGUGCUACAGGCUUCACUGGCAUCCUUUGUGAGAGAGAACGAUGCCAGGGUCCUGGGCCCUGUGAGGAGUACCCCACGUCUGGGCAACCAUCCCUCCUUCACCCCCCCCUCUUCCACUACCUCUACCCUCUACUGCUGGGCCCCCCAGGUUUGCUCCUCUUCACCCUGCUACUCCCCCUGGUGAUGAUAGGGUUCUGUUGACAAUCGCUGUACAAUUGGCCAGGGAACUUUGAACUUGGAAAGAUCUACUUGGCCUUAUUGCGUUUUGAUAGGACAGGAGAAAGACAUCUCUAACCACAUGUCUUGGGACAGCAGAAUCAUCUUGGGGAAAGGAAAGGGAACUUCAGCACCUAAAGUACCUAGAUGGGACCAUCCAGAGACACUGACCGAGAUACAAAAAUGCCAUCAUAACUGAAAUGAGGUAGAAGUGCAAGUGUUUGCUGAUGAACUAGAUGAUUAACGAAGAUAUGCUUUUGGUCAGAGACAGACAGACAGAGAGGGAAAAAAAACACAUCUGAUUUACAGUCAAAUCUAUAAUCGCACAAUGUCUGUGUCUCAAAUGGUACCCUCUUCCCUAUGUAGUGCACUACUUUUGGCUAGGGCCCAUGAGGAAUAGGCUGCCAUUUAUGAAGACAACAAUGUGUGUGACCUAGAAACACUGUCAGAAAUGUUGUCAUUCAUUGGGGACAGACUCAUCUUCACAGAUGUUAUCCCACUUCAUGUGGAUCAUUCGAGACAGACUAAACAUCUUCACAGAUGUUAUCCCACAUCUUGCAGAUCAUUGGGGACAGACUCAUCAUCUUCACAUAUGGUAUCCCACUUCAUGUGGAUCAUUGGGGACAGACUCAUCAUCUUCACAGAUGGUAUCCCACUUCAUGUGGAUCAUUGGGGACAGACUCAUCAUCUUCACAGAUGGUAUCCCACUUCAUGUGGAUCAUUGGGGACAGACUCAUCAUCUUCACAGAUGGUAUCCCACUUCAUGUGGAUCAUCGGGGACAGACUCAACAUCUUCACAGAUGGUAUCCCACUUCAUGUGGAUCAUUGGGGACAGACUAGUCAUCUUCACAGAUGUUAUUCCACUUCAUGCGGAUCAUUGGAGACAGAUGUUAUCCCAACCAAACACCAUGACAUUGUACAAAACAAACAAGGAAUAAUCAUUUGAACUCUGGAUCUGUUGUCUGACUACAAAGUGGAUGAGGCGACGAGGAGAUGUCCAUUAUUUUGCUCCCUUCACCUUUUUCCUACCUCCUUGUUACCUUACCUUACUUCCUUCCCUCAAAUAUAUUCCACCUACUUGUGCUUUGGUGACGCUAGUGAUUUUUGUUGGCUGCUGAAAAAAAGGCCAUUUUGACAAAAUUCUGCACACGUGUUACGAUCCAAGCCAGUCCCUUGACUACCGGUCGACUGUGAGAAGAAUAUUACUCUUGUUCUUUUUUUGUCGGAGGAGGAGGAGGCUUCGUAGUCAUGGCAGCGCUUGCUGAGAUCACACGUAUUGGAUAAAAUUAUGUAUCAUAUUGUAUUGUAGCUGUAUUAAAUUUUUUUGUACAAAACAAAAGAUAUUUUUUGUGACUUUAAGUAAAGGAAAAAGAUGUCUUACUUUUAGUUUUUAUAUAAUUUCCUUCCUGCUUAGGGUGGCAGGGCAACUCCUGAGGAUGUCUAUGACUCACGUAUACAUGUAUACAUGUUUUCACCUGCUGACACCUCAAUGAAUCUCUUUGAAAGACACACGCAAACACAAUACACGUACAAAAAAGAGAAAUCCAGUGUUUUUGUUAUUGCUUUAGAGAAGAACAGAUCAUCCAAGAUCUCUUAUUGCAGGGCAGCCCAACCCUCUUCCUGGAGAUCUACCGUCCUGUAGGUUUUCAGUCCAACCCUCUUCCUGGAGAUCUACCGUCCUGUAGGUUUUCAGUCCAACCCUCUUCCUGGAGAUCUACUGUCCUGUAGGUUAUCAGUCCAACCCUCUUCCUGGAGAUCUACUGUCCUGUAGGUUUUCAGUCACUAAGCUUUAUGCUGACAAAUACUGUAUAGAUUUAUAAAUGCAAAAUAGCCUUCUAAAUAUGCCAAUCCUUAACAUAGAAAUUAAAUAAUUUCAAUAGUUACUUUGCCACUGGUUAAGGACUGUAGUUUUUAAUUGAAGAAAAAAAUGAAGCAAAUCAAUCCUAUAAUAGGUAAGGAUUUAUAUAUUCAAUAGAAAGUAAAAUAUACAGUUUGU